CCUGUUGCUUCGCGGCGGCGCUCCAGAUCUGGUGCCAAGCGCAUCCCUUCCCUUCCCUUCCCCAGCUACUCCGACUCAAGGCCACCACCAGACAUCGCGCCCCAAAUCUCCGAGCGGCAACCGGUCGUCGUCGUGACAGUGAGCUCCACGGCGGGCCCGGGCCCCGCCGGCAUAGGUGCCUUCGAGGCACCACAUGACGUUCAUCGUGCCCUCCUCCGGCACAUCUACGACGUGGAUGAGCCCACGCCGUCCGCGCCCAAGCUGCAGGGUGGCCACCUCUCCCCUGCUUUCCUUUCGCCGCCGCUAUGUACAAUCAUUUUAUUACUAUUUUGGGUAGUGGAUUUGGAGAAUUUGUGACAUUCCACUCCGCAGUUUGUUUGUGCCGGUUUCCUUAACAAACGGCAAUGUGCUCCAUAUCCUUUGAUGAUGGUUUUAAAAAUCUUCAACUUUGUACUACAAGUCAGGCUCGUGUACUAGUGCAUGCUUGUACAGGAACCGAUCAAGUGCUUCUGCUAGCUCUUGUGUACGUGAGUGUCUCUUGGCGGAAUUCAGUUUAGGCCAUCUCAAGCAGUCUCUCUUGGUAUGUUAUGUUCCGUUCCAUCAUUCAAAAUACUGACUGACAAGGCUGAGCCGCGGUGUCGCUAAACCUGCAUGCAGAUCUUCCGCUCGACGAAAUGCACCGGAGCACCACCCAGCGCCGCGGCGCCCGCCGGGCUGCCGUCAAGCCCGACCGCCAUCAUGUCAUUCUUGAAGGCGUGGGAGGUCAUCCGCACCUGCGUGCUCGCGCGGCGGUGGCGCCAUCUCUGGGCGUCCGUGCCCUGCGUCGAUCUCCGCGUGCGCCCCUCCACUGGCCGCUACGGCGACCCGCCUGAGAAGUUCCGCGACUUCGUGCACCGGAUCUUCCUCCUCCGGGACGAAUCGGCGCUCGUGGUCAUGCUCCGCCUGCGGUCGAGUGACGAAGAAGCGGGCUUCACCGAUGACGACGCCAGGGCGUGGAUGAGGGCCGCCAUCAAGCGCAACGCGCGGGUUAUCCAUCUCACCGGGCGUUGCUCGGAGAUCGCGUCGUUGGACCGCGUGUCGUUCAUCUCUUGCCACCUCAAGGUCUUGAAGCUGUCGGAUGCCAUGCUCGACUACAGGAUCCUCGGGCAGCUUUCUUCUAGUUGCACGUCUUUGGAAGUACUACGUCUGAAGGAUUGCUUGGUGGCUGGCCCUAGGAUUGUGUCUGCCUCUUUGAAGAGUUUAAUCAUGCUCGAAUGCGAGAUCAGUUGCGCCUUCUCCAUUGCUGCUUCGAACCUCCUACUUCUGCACCUCAUCACACCUUACGUCCGAGUCCCAUCAUUCAAGAAUUUGGGGUCACUUGUCACAGCUACUAUCAUACUUGAUGACUCUUUCUUGGGUGAUGAUAAUGAAUACAUCAGUGAUGAAGAUUAUUGUGAUGGAACUACUGAUGAUGACGGGGAUGAUAGCGACGAUAAUGAUUGGACAAAGAGCUCGAAGAUUCAUGAUGAGUCUUCCUUGAGUGAUGGUGUUGGAUAUGAUGAUUUUAUAAGGUUUGGAUAUGGACAUGGUUUUGCUGAAGGAAUUUACAGGCAUGGUCGUUACAAGGAUAAUUAUGAUUAUGGUGGUGAUAUCAACAGCGAUGACAAUACCUAUGCAUACAGUGAGAUUGCAAAUGAUGCAAAGUAUGGCUACAAAGGUAAAGGCCUGAUUUCCAGUAAAGACAGUAUCUAUGGUGGAUAUAGAGAAUGCAAUGAUGCGAAGAUUUUAGGUGGCCGUUAUAUUCUUCAGAGUCUUUCAAGUGCUAGAACUUUGGAGUUGUUGACUGAUGCUGGAGAGGUGGUUCUGAGUAGGGAACUGAAUACAUGUCCAAAUUUUGGCAACCUGAAGACCCUGUCCCUUGGCGAAUGGUGUAUGACUGCAGACUUUGAUGCAUUAAUUUUCUUGCUACAACACUCACCUAAUAUACAUAAGCUCUUUCUCAAACUUAAAAUUGUAUGUGUAAUUACAUAUUUGGGGCUUAUGCUUACUUGAUUAUCUUUUAGUUUUGAGUAUUUUAGCACAUGCCUAACAACAACUUUUUUAUCUGCAAAAGAACUUCAAUGCCAGAAAGGCAUCAGAAACAGGUAUCAAACUACAGAGAAGAUCAUUUACUUGCAAAGAUCUUCGAAUGGUGAAGAUCACAUGCUCAAAGGAUGAUGGGAGAGUCCAUAAGCUGGCAAAUUUGUUUAUGGCAAAUGGUAUGCCAGUCGAGAAAAUUUAUGUCCGCCACAGCGGGAGUGCUUAUCUCCGCAGCCAGAAGCAGACGAAGGAGUUCUGGGGGGUGUAACAUCCAACAUCCUCAUGAGCAACUGAUCGUGCUCUCAAAGCUCCGCUGGGUUUCUUGAUUGCCUCUUUUUUGGUAACAUGAAUGACGUUGGUGAUUAUUGAAUCGUCGGAAUGUUGUUGCCAGUGGGAUGAGCGGAGAAGUUCAACUAGUAGUAGGUCUAGCCUCUAGUACAACUUUGCUUUGUUCCUGGAACAGAUAUGAAUGCUCGUCGUUUGAAUGCUUCAGACUUGAGAGUGGUGCAUCUGAGUCUGUCAUGCGUUGUGCUAUGCUCCAGUAAGCAUUAAGCAUUGAUCCUGUGGUGAGUUAUAGGCAGCUUUACUACCGUACAAAUUUUGAUGUCGUGUAAAAGGAAAUGAACCUUCAUUCCGAUUUCGGCGAUGAAGGUUUACAUUGAUGUCUAACUAUUCAGAUUUCGGUGCUCUGCAAUCAUAUAAAAUAGGUAGAAUAUUGAA